AUGGGUGACGACAUGGGAAACUCCCUCCUCGAUAUUCGGACAAAAUACGCGUCGAAAAUCACGACGCAAUUGAUCAAUAUCUCAAAAAGCAAGGUGUCACAACAAAAGUCCGUUGAGUUUCUCAAGAAACUCAAGUGCCUAUAUUUCGAGGCUCCAUCGCAACCCGAUACGGAUAAGCCUGGGAACUCAGCGCAGCCCAUUCUAAAAUUUGAAACCAUUGAUGCAUUCACCCAACGGCGUUACGUUGCUCUUUCAUACACAUGGAAGCCGUCUUACGAAGAAAUAGGUGUUCCCAGCGGUGGUUAUCUGGUUGAGGACAUCUGUUCCAGCAACCCGUCACCGUCUUCUGUAAGGAAUACGGUUUUCAGUUGCAUGCAGGCGAUGGAUAGGGUCUAUAGCUUGAGCUGUUGCCCAGUUACAUUGUUGUCGCGGACAAUCAAAACCUCAGAGCAGCUAGAGCUGCUCAUUGAAAUCCUUUCUCAGGAUUUUGUCGUACAUGAAGAUGGCCAAUACUGGAUAUCGAGAUCGACGACUCUAGAAAGAGCUCAUCGAGCCCUUGAUCUUCUCAACUAUAUCACUUCAGAUCCCUGGUUCUCCAGAGGAUGGACUUUCCAGGAAAACUACCGAGCUGGUUCGAAAAUGACGCUUCUUAUCACGCAUGUUGCAUCCAUCAGAGCACAGAAGCCAUCACACUAUCUCGGAGCAUUAGAUGGAGAGCUUUGUAUCAAUUCUUGCAACUUUUACGAGCAAGUAACAAAGCUCUGCUUGGCUUACCAAAGUCAUCAGCCGCGGCCAUAUUACUGGGAGCGUAUCAUUUCGAGGGCCGGAAUGUACAAAGUUCUACUUCAGUCCGAUGAUAGUGACGGCGAUAGUGCUGACGGCGACCACUCAGCCCCAGUAUCAAUGUCCCCUACUAUCAUAAAGGAUAUAGCCAACCGUAAGGUCGACAGGGAAUGGGAUCGACUAGCCAUCAUCGCCAAUUGUUGCCAGUACAUUAACCGCUUGGACAGCACGAAGCUGCAAGGCAAGCACAGCCUUGAUUUGUCUUUACUUGCACUCUGUUUGAUAAAUGGAGAAAUCUUCUCUAAUCAUCCCAAGAACAGCUGGGAUAACAUAUGGACAAGAAGACUCCCCAUCGCCGAUUUCUUACACACGCACUUUUUCCACGGGCUACGAAGCUCGGGGAAAACAGGAAGGCUUACCUUCAAUAAAGGCUGUCGAUUUUCAAAUGUUAUCCUCAGGCAAGAGGGGGUGCAGACAGAAGGCUAUCUCUGGCGAUUGGACGGUGAGAUUUCGACCACCAGCUUUCACCGGCAUGGCAGUAGGGGAAAGCGAUAUCAGCGACGACUGCGACCACUUGAAUGGCUGGCCCGCCGGCUGGCUGCACAGUAUCGAAUUCUCUCCCAAAGAAUCUACAACAUCCUCAAUCUUAGUGAGCCAUUGACACCUCCGCAACGAUGGCAGCUUAGUAUGGCUUGCAAAAUAGAAGAAGCUAUUAGCCAGGGAAAAAUGCUAUGUACGGCAACCGCAGCUUUUCUAGGUCGCGGGCCUUUGCCUGUUGCUAUUUUUGUCAUUGGGCCUGAAGACGAUGAUGAUGACAGCAGUAGUGAUGCUGCUGAGUCGUUGAUUUUCGAUCAAGCGUCUCACGUAUUCACUUCUAUUCAUCGUAACCAACAGGGACAGCAGUCUUUUGAGUACAAUGAUCUGAAUAAGCAUGUCUCUCUCGAAGUCGAUUGCUGUUUCGGGGAGAGUGCUCGGCAGAUCCCUCAACUUUAUACGAGACGUUGGAUUCAUGGCUUGUGUUUUUUUCAUGGUCGUUCCCCACAUUCAGUCAUAUUCCCCUGGCCCGCCUCAUUACAAGGCCUCUAA